CAAGUCAGGCUGCACUCUUCAAUGGAGUUCAGCUUGUUAUGUUCUACAGCUUCGAUAUCACUGAACUAACUCGAGUAGUGAGAUAACCUUGUACCUCCCAUGGGGUUAUUGCUUCGAAAAACACUCGCUAUAUAAGAACCGUUGGUCUAACAAGAGACAUACAGUUGCUGACUACAGGUAGCUAAGUAUGAAGUGUGGACUGAUUAUCGCGACAGUAGGCUUUUUAGCUAUAACAAACGUUACACUAGGACUUGAUAAUGGUUUAGCUAGGAAACCGCCGAUGGGCUGGAUGAGUUGGGAACGGUUUCGGUGUAUUACGGAUUGUGACAAAUAUCCGGAUGAAUGCAUAAGUGAGCAGUUAUUCAAGAGGAUGGCCGAUUUGAUGGUAUCUGAGGGCUAUCGAGAUGCUGGAUACGACUAUGUGAAUAUCGACGACUGCUGGUUAUCCAUGAACAGAGAUGACAAUGGAAAGCUUGUCGCUGAUCCAACACGAUUUCCAAAUGGAAUGAAACAUCUGGCGGAUUAUAUACAUUCGAAGGGUCUGAAGUUUGGUAUGUAUCAAGAUAUUGGAACUAAGACAUGUGCAGGAUACCCAGGAAUGAAGGAUUAUUUCGAAAUCGAUGCUCAAACUUUUGCUGAAUGGGAUGUUGAUUUUAUUAAAAUUGAUGGAUGCUACGCUGAUGAGAUCCAAAUGGUCAAUGAUUAUGUGCUGUUUGGCGAAUUAAUGAACAAAACCGGAAGACCAAUGUUAUACUCCUGUAGUUGGCCUGUUUACCAGGAAUACAACGGAAUCAUUCCGAAUUAUGAAAUUUUAAAGAAAACGUGUAACAUGUGGCGAAACUGGGGUGAUAUUGAAGACUCGCAUAGUUCAGUUGAAACCAUCACUCGUUACUUCUCAGACAACCAGGAACGCAUUCAACCUCAUUCGGGCCCAGGUCAUUGGAAUGAUCCAGAUACACUCGUUUUAGGAAAUUAUGGACUAAGCUAUGAACAGAGUAAAUCCCAACUGGCAGUUUGGACAGUUCUUGCCGCUCCUCUGUUAUUAUCGAACGAUCUGGCUACAGUAACACCUGAGAUUAGAGGUCUUCUUUUGAACAAAGAAAUAAUAGCAGUGAAUCAAGAUGCACUCGGGAUACAAGGAUUGCUGGUUAAAACCAUCAACAAGAUCGAGAUUUGGAAACGACCGAUUCUUCCUAGAGUAAAGGAUGAACUGACACAAGCUAUUGCUUUUGUGAGCCGACGUGCGGAUGGUGCACCAUAUGCUGUUAGAGUAAAGUUGAUAGAUGACCUCGGGCUUAGCAAUAAAACUUAUAUAAAUGGAUACAAAGUUAUUGACCUUUUCGACGUCACCCGGAAACCGUUCUUCGUACGCAUGGAUGGUCACUUUGAGACGCGCAUCAAUCCGACAGGAGCCAACUUCUACAAGUUUGUUCCCAAACUGAAUAUUAUUUUGCGUGGUGUUACUGAUACUGACUAUUGAACAACGAAAUGUAUUCUAAUAUGAAAAUUAACAUAAUAUUAUGUUAAUCAGC